AUGCGUCCCAAUCAUCAAUUACAGCAGCAAGGUUACUGGGAUGCAACAUAUGCAGAUGAUUUGACAAAUUUUCGUGAACAUGGGGAUGCUGGUGAAGUUUGGUUUGGGGCAGAUGUCAUGGAAAUGGUUUCUUCAUGGACAAAAGGACUAUGUGUUGACAUUUCACAAAGACAUUUACAAAUUCAACAUAAAAAUGAUGACUCUGAGUCUGUUAGUCAAGAGGAUAAAGAUUUAGCAGGAUGGAGUGUUCUUGAUGUUGGAACAGGCAAUGGGCUACUUCUUCAAGAGCUUGCUAAACAGGGGUAUAGUAUUAUACAUAAUGACACCUAUUUCUCCUUUUGCCUUGCUAAUCGUGAUGAAUUUAUUGGUGUCAAACUAUUGCUCCUGAUAUACAUCGAUCCAACAGCACAAAGUUCCAGGGAUAUGCUUGGUAUUGACACUCGAGUUCAGUUGACUGGCUCGGGAGAGAGAUGCUUGAGAUGCGAAAAGGUAGAACAUGAUGAUGAAACAGAAAGUGAACCCGAGAUAGUACAUCGUGUGGGUUCUGAAGCAAGGCAUGUUAUAAGAACAACACAGCCAAUCUUCUUUCUAACUGUGUCAUGCAGAAAUCGAUUGCAUCACUUAUUCCCUUAUUCUCUUAUUGGUUGUCAGGAAGGUGCAAUUGAUAUGUUAUUUGGAAACCAUAAGGUGAGAUAUCUUGUGUUUGUACCUACUAAUGAUUCUCCAAUCAGUGGUGAUUACUGUGUAAUCAAUACUAUUCAUGAUUAUGUCUAUGAGCAUACCGCAAAUAUGCUCUCAGACACCACCCUCGAUUUGGAGAAAAUUUUCUCAUGUAACAGGGCAAAAUCAUUGGAUAAUAGUGGGAUUCAACACAUGGAAAGAAAGUUAUGGAACAAAAAACAUGAUGCAACACAUGCCCACAAAUCAAAAAUGAAAGUGUUACAUGAUAUAAAGCAUCGAUUAAAGAAGUUUACUAGAUGGAAAGAUGCAUGGCUAUUCAAAACAAGGUUUAAGCAUCAUUGUGGAAGGAUUAAACGCAAAAUAGUUGAUUUUCACAAGGCCAAAAAAGGUUUUCCACAUGAUCAGGUUCCUCAAAGUAAGGUGAGCAACCUCAUGGUUGACUUUCAAAAAAGUCCACGAAUAUAUGAGCCUUCAUAG